AUGGGAGGAUUAGCCUCAGUCACAGUCAGCUUGCUUUCUGUGGUUAUUAUUGUCACAACCAUCUUGUUUUUACUCGAAAAUGAUGUAAGUGCAGCCAGGCAUCACCAUUUGGGGAAGAAGCAGAAGAACAACAACAACAGUCCACCUGGCAAUGGCAUCUCCCCUGUCAAUGCUCCCGGCCCGAAUCCUCCUUCCAUCCCGUCCGACCCGAGUUUCGACCCCGCCCCAACCCGCCACGAAAACCCCGUCUCGGGAUGCACCUUCGACGUCACGGAUUUCGGGGCUGUCGGGGAUGGAGCCACCGACGACACCGCCGCCUUCCGGUCCGCGUGGAAGGCCGCCUGCCAGGUGGACAGCGGCGUCGUCUUGGUGCCUUCGGGCCGAGUUUUCUUGAUCACAUCCACCAUUUUUUCCGGGCCUUGCCAGCCGGGACUUGUUUUUCGGGUGGACGGGGUGAUUAUGCCGCCCAACGGGCCAGAUUGCUGGCCGGAAUCCGACAGUAACAAGCAGUGGCUCGUGUUUUAUAAGCUGGAUAAUAUGAGUUUUAUUGGCACAGGCACAAUUGAAGGCAAUGGCCAAAAGUGGUGGGAUCUUCCUUGCAAGCCUCACAGGGGUCCUAAUGGAUCGACACUGCCGGGACCGUGCGACAGCCCUGCGCUCAUUCGCUUCUUCAUGAGCACCAAUUUAGUAGUCUCCGGCCUGCGCAUUCAAAACAGCCCACAGUUCCACAUGAAGUUUGACGGCUGCCAAGGCGUGCUCAUCGACAAGCUCUCCAUCUCGUCCCCGAAGCUGAGCCCCAACACAGAUGGAAUUCACAUCGAGAACACGAAAUCCGUCGGGAUAUACAACUCCGUCAUAGCCAAUGGAGACGACUGCAUUUCGAUCGGGACGGGCUGCUCGGAUGUCGCCAUUGAAGGCGUCACCUGCGGGCCUAGUCACGGGAUCAGCAUAGGCAGCUUGGGGCCCCACAACUCGCACGCGUGCGUGUCGAACGUGAGCGUGCGGGACGCGGUGAUAAGGGAGUCGGACAACGGGGUGCGGAUAAAGACGUGGCAGGGCGGGACGGGUUCGGUGACGGGCAUCUCGUUCGAGAACAUCCAGAUGGAGAACGUGCGCAACUGCGUGAUCGUGGACCAGUACUACUGCCUCACCAAGGCGUGCCGGAACCAGACGUCGGCCGUCCGGCUCUCGGGAGUCACCUUCCGGAACAUCAAGGGCACGUACGACGUGCGGUCCCCUCCCAUACACUUUGCGUGCAGCGACACGGUCGCGUGCACCAACAUCACGAUGUCGGAGGUGGAGCUGCUGCCGCACGAGGGCGUGCUGGUGGACGACCCUUUCUGCUGGAACGCGUACGGAGUGCAGGAGACGCUCACCAUACCGCCAGUCGACUGCCUGCUGGACGGGAUGCCGCAGUCGGUGGUCGACGAUGAUUACAUGUACAGAUGCUAG